AUUGAGCUCACGAACUCACUACAGCAACAGCAAAGACUAUUCUGUAUAUUCAACAAUCCUCAGAUAAUAGAUAAAAGAAAAGAAACUGCUCUGACUUUAGGUAAAUAUUCCUUAACUCCAGUUUUGAAUGACCUUAUUGCAAGAGUAUCAAAA